CGGUCGAGCAGCCCUAGUAAUUGGCGGCGGCGCGGUCCCGCCCAUCCGCCGAACCCGCGGCAUCAGCAGGCACCUGGCCCGGCGCGGGAAGGAGGAGCGGCGGGAGGCAGGCUUAAGCACAUAAAGCAGCCACAGUGGAGAAAAUAACAUUUGGAGAUACUUUUCUGUUGCAAGCGACAGAGGGAAAACCAACAGAGCAGUGCACUCCCUUGUGUAUCUCAUUGUCCUGCUUUUAGUAACUCCGCUCAGUAAUGAAGUCAUCAUUAUGUCCUCAACCAGUGAAGUAAAUGUUGAUAUCAAAGAUUUCCUAAUGAGCAUUAAUUUGGAGCAGUAUCUCUCACACUUUCAGAAGUUUGGAUUUAAUACUGUGAAGGAUUGUGCAGGCAUAAAUGACGGUGUGCUCCACAAAAUUGGAAUAUCCCCCACAGGACACCGGAGGAGGAUUCUUAAACAGCUACAGAUCAUCCUGCUUAAAAUGCAGGACAUUCCCAUAUAUGCCAACGUUCAAAAAUCAAGGAAGAUUGAUGAAGCUUUGCAGGAUUACCAUGUUCCAGCUCUUGAUCAGAAUACUUGCACAGAACUUUUGGCGUCCAGUGGCGUUCACGUACCCAACCCAGAGCAUUUGAAGGGUGUUACAAAAGGUCUUGGCCAGAUUGAUGCCCGUGUGGAAAAUAGUCAGUCUCUUAAAUCAACUGAUAAGAUACUGCUUCCUGCACAUAACUUUCCCAUUCCAGAAGAAGAACCUCAAGAACCACACUUGAAUUUGAGUUCUUUUCAAGGUUCUUUGCUUGAUAGUAAAAAUAUUACAGUCGAAUCGUUGAUUACAAGGAAGACGGUGGAUGGCACAAUUGAAGAACAGCCUGAAAAGAUUGAUUUGAUCUCCAAAAAUGUGAACCAGCUUCCCAAGGUGGACCCUCAGAGUCUUUCUUUGCUUGGAUGUUCAGUGUCAGAGACAAAUGCUGGGAGUGGAACUAAUGGCUUAGUAAAGAGCUCCCCGCCACCCCCGUUCUUCCAGUUCCAAGGAGAAAUGGUUGUAAAUGAUUUGUAUGUUCCGUCAUCUCCAAUGCUAACACCUAUGAGAAGCCGUAGUAAAUUGGUUUCAAGACCAUCUCGAUCUUUUCUCUUGAGACAUCGACCUGUGCCAGAAAUUCCAGGGUCAGCAAAAGGAGUUUCAGGGAGCUAUAUCCGAGAGAGAAGAAAUGGUACUACCUCUACUGGAAAGCCUGUAAUGCAGCCAAAUUCAAAUGAAGAAAAUUCAUCUUCCAUCUUUCCUUAUGGAGAGACCUUUCUCUUCCAGAGACUAGAAAGUCCUAAGAAGAGAUGUAUAAGGAAUGAAUUUUGGGCCAAUGAAGAACCAGCUAAGGGGGAAACAACUACUGAUAAAACCUCUCUUAUUGUCAACUCAAGUAUAUAUGAUAACCGGAGGGAGAAGUUAAGUGAAGACAAAGUAGAAGAUAUUUGGAUACCUCGCGAGGACAAGAGCACCAUUCCGGUCGACUCUGCUUCGGAAUCAGAAUACUCAACAGUGGAGGAAUGUUUUCAAAGUUUAAGAAGAAAAAAUUCAAAGGCAUCUAAGUCUAGGACUCAGAAAGCAUCAAACUUAGACCCUGUUAAUAGGCAUAGUUAUCCCCUAGGCUCAACCAGCGGGAGCCCCGACUCUCCAGUCAUUUCAGCCAAUGCAAUAUCCCCCUAUGCCUGCUUUUACGGAGCUGCUGUGAGGAAGGUGAAAUCAGGAUGGCUCGACAAACUGUCUCCUCAAGGAAAACGCAUGUUUCAGAAGAGAUGGGUGAAAUUUGACGGCCUUAGCAUUUCCUAUUACAAUAAUGAGAAGGAGAAGUAUUCCAAAGGAAUCAUUCCUCUUUCUGCUAUAUCUACGGUACGAGUUCAAGGCGACAACAAAUUUGAAGUUGUUACAACACAAAGAACUUUUGUUUUCAGAGUAGAAAAAGAAGAAGAGAGAAAUGACUGGAUCAGCAUCCUCUUAAACGCAUUGAAGUCCCAGUCCCAGUCCUCUCAGUCCCAAGCAGUCAUACCUGAGAAAAGUGGAUAUCUGGAAUUGAGAGGUUAUAAAGCCAAAAUUUUUACCGUGUUAAGUGGAAACAGCGUGUGGCUUUGUAAAAAUGAACAGGAUUUUAAGAGUGGACUUGGUAUUACCAUCAUUCCAAUGAAUGUAGCAAAUGUGAAGCAAGUAGACCGAACUGUGAAACAAUCCUUUGAAAUAAUUACUCCCUAUAGGAGUUUUAGCUUUACAGCAGAGUCUGAAAAAGAGAAGCAAGAGUGGAUUGAAGCUGUGCAGCAAUCGAUAGCAGAAACUCUCUCUGAUUAUGAAGUAGCUGAGAAGAUUUGGUUCAAUGAGUCCAACAGGAGCUGUGCAGAUUGUAAAGCCCCAGAUCCUGACUGGGCAUCCAUCAAUCUCUGUGUUGUCAUCUGUAAGAAGUGUGCAGGGCAACAUAGGUCUUUAGGUCCAAAAGACUCCAAAGUUAGAAGUCUGAAAAUGGAUGCCAGCAUUUGGAGCAAUGAGCUUAUUGAGCUUUUUAUUGUGAUUGGAAACAAAAGAGCAAAUGACUUUUGGGCUGGUAAUCUUAAAAAAGAUGAAGAACUGCACAUGGACUCUCCAGUAGAAAAGAGAAAAAACUUUAUCACCCAGAAGUACAAAGAAGGAAGAUUCAGGAAAACGCUCUUGGCAUCUCUCACGAAGGAAGAAUUAAAUAAGGCUCUGUGCGCAGCUGUAGUGAAGGCAGACGUUCUGGAAACAAUGGCUUUGCUCUUCAGUGGAGCGGAUGUCAUGUGUGCAACCGGGGACCCCACGCAUAGCACCCCCUAUCUGCUGGCCAAGAAGGCAGGGCAGACCCUGCAAAUGGAAUUUCUCUACCAUAACAAAUUCUCAGAUUUCCCGCAACAUGACAUUCACUCUGAAGGUGGAUUAAGCCAGGAAUCCUCCCCUUCUGUGUUCCUCUGUGACUUUCUAUAUCAGGUUCCUUCUGCUGCUUCUAAACUCGCUUCAGAGAAAAAAGUGCUCGAAGAGACAAAUAGAAAGUGGUGCGUUUUUGAAGGUGGCUUCCUGAGUUACUAUGAACAUGAUAAGUCUACGACACCUAAUGGCACCAUAAAUAUCAAUGAAGUUAUCUGCUUGGCUGUACACAAAGAAGACUUCUACUUAAAUACUGGGCCCAUCUUUACCUUUGAGAUCUAUUUACCCUCAGAACGUGCAUUUUUAUUUGGAGCUGAAACAUCUCAAGCUCAAAGGAAAUGGACAGAGGCCAUAGCCAAGCAUUUUGUUCCCUUUGUUGCUGAAAACUUAACAGAAGCCGACUAUGAUUUGAUUGGUCAACUCUUCUACAAGGACUGCCAUGCCCUGGAUCAGUGGAGGAAAGGCUGGUUUGCUAUGGACAAAUCUAGUUUACGUUUUUGCCUUCAAAUGCAAGUUCAGGAAGAUAGAAUGCACUUAAGAAGACUGCAAGAGCUAACCAUUAGCACAAUGGUUCAAAAUGGGGAAAAAAUAGAUGUUUUGCUGUUGGUAGAAAAAGGGAGAACAUUAUACAUCCAUGGGCAUACCAAGUUGGAUUUCACAGUCUGGCAUUCUGCAAUUGAAAAAGCAGCAGGUACAGAUGGUAAUGCAUUACAAGAUCAGCAGCUCAGCAAAAAUGACGUUCCCAUUAUCGUGAGCAGCUGUAUAGCAUUUGUUACACAGUAUGGUUUAGGGUACAAAUAUAUCUAUCAAAAGAAUGGCGAUCCUCUGCACAUAAGCGAACUCCUGGAAAGUUUUAAAAAAGAUGCAAGAAGUUUUAAAUUGAGGGCUGGAAAACAUCAGCUUGAAGAUGUGACGGGAGUACUGAAAAGAUUCCUCUCUGACAUUGAUGACGCCGUUCUUACUAAGGAGCUGUAUCCUUAUUGGAUUUCUGCUUUAGAUACCCAAGAGGACAAAGAAAGAAUUAAAAAAUAUGGAGCAUUUAUAAGGACUCUUCCAGGCGUCAACCGAGCAACAUUGGCAGCUGUGAUUGAACAUCUUUACCGGGUUCAGAAAUGCUCAGAAAUCAACCACAUGAAUGCUCACAAUUUGGCCUUGGUCUUUUCAUCAUGCUUGUUUCAAACUAAAGGACAAACUAGUGAAGAAGUGAAUGUAAUUGAGGACUUAAUUAAUAAUUAUGUUGAAAUAUUUGAGGUUAAAGAAGACCAAGUCAAACAAAUGGACAUAGAAAAUAGCUUUAUUACCAAGUGGAAAGACACUCAAGUUUCCCAGGCUGGAGAUCUGUUGAUUGAAGUGUAUGUAGAGAGGAAGGAACCUGACCGUAGUAUUAUAAUUCGGAUAUCCCCUAUGAUGGAAGCAGAGGAAUUGACUAAUGAUAUACUAGCAAUAAAAAAUAUUGUUCCUUUAAAAGGUGAUAUCUGGGCCACUUUUGAAGUAAUUGAAAAUGAAGAACUAGAGCGCCCCCUUCACUACACAGAAAACAUAUUGGAGCAGGUCCUGCGGUGGAGUUCAUUAGCUGAGCCUGGCUCUGCUUACCUUGUGGUGAAAAGAUUUUUAAACACAGACACAAUCAGACACUACAAUGAGAGGAGAACCCAGGAAAGUAUUAAAGAGGGCAUCUUGAAAAUCAAAGAAGAACCAUCUAAAAUACUAUCAGGGAAUAAGUUUCAAGACCGGUAUAUUGUUUUACGAGAUGGUCAUCUCUUUCUUUACAAGGAUCUGAAGAGUAGUAAACAUGACAAAAUGUUUUCGCUCAGUUCAAUGAAGUUUUUUCUUGGAGUGAAAAAGAAAAUGAAGCCACCGACAAGUUGGGGUUUGACAGCAUAUUUUGAAAAGCAUCACUGGCACUUGUGCUGUGAUAGUUUACAGACUCAGAUGGAGUGGAUGACUAGUGUCUUCAUUGCCCAGCAUGAGAAUGAUAUAUGUCCACCAGCUGGAAAGGAACGGAAGCGCUCAAUAACCAAAAAUCCCAAAAUCGGAGGUUUGCCUCUGAUUCCCAUUCAGCAUGAAAGAAAUGCAAGCCAAGCCCUGAGAAAUAUAGAGAGUGCGAGAGCAGAACUCGAAAAGCUGCGGCUGAGUGAGAAGCAGGAUCCAGAGCCCGGGGACCACACCUUGAAGGACAAGGCCUCCCUGGUGGCCCAGUGCCUGGAGCAGAAGGAUGAAAAACUCCGAAAUCGAGCCAGAAAACAUCGAAGUUUCAAUUGUCUGGAGGACACCGAGGCUGGGGUUCUUCCUGGGCAGCAAAAAGGCCUUAAAAACCUAAAGACGUUGAAGAAGGCAGAAGAUAGGAAUAAGGGUGCUCUGGACUCUGAUCAUAAGUUACCAUCAAAGGUCAUCGAAGAACUCAGUGCCGUUUUGCAGAGGUCUAGAACCCUGCCAAAAGAGUUACAGGGUGAGCAGGUCUUGCAGAAAGAAGUCAAAUGAAUUGUGUUGCAAAUUCCUUUUAUUUUUCUUUAAAUGUUGACUACUAAAUGUGUGAAAACCAGAAACCAAACUUCGAGAUAAUUUAAGUCUCUGGUUUGUCUGGCUACCCACACACAUUUACAGAGCAUUUAAAAUUAUGUGUGUGUAAUAUAUAUAUACAUAUAUAAUAUAUAUGUAUAUAUAUAUUACAAAUGUAUGUAUGUAUGUAUAUGUAUGUAUGUAUAUAUACACAUUAAGAGUAAGCUCUAUGAACAAUGCCUGUAUAGUUCAAUUGUAUUAACUUUAUGUAAAAAGAGAUCGGGUUACUUUGAGUGGCCAACCUUUUAAAGUAGUUGAGUGGUGUUAUUUAUAGCCAGGACACUCAAACUGUACUGUAUAAAAUACUGAGGUGAAGCUAUAUGUAACAUUUUGCACUUUGGGAAGCUUUGUAUAUUGUUACUGUGUGAUGUUCUGUUUUUUGGUUUACAUGCAGUCUACCUUAGGGAAAAAGGAUGAACGCUGAAAUGGGAUAGAUAUUAUUGACUGUCUAGUGAACAAUACAGGAUUUUAUAUAAAGAGGGAAGGGAAGAGCAAAUGUCCUGAAAACCAAGGACACCAGUGAAGAUUCACUCUCUCUCAGUGUUACCUAGAACUUGAUCAUGAGAAACUGCCUAUUAAGAAAAAAGCCGACUUUGGUGUUUUUCAAGAGUAACAUACACCUGAAUCUUGGCGCUGGUCAUGUUUAUUUAUGUUGUUAGGGAACUGAUCCUGUGGACCCGCACUGUAUGGAACAGAUGGCGGACAUCCAAGGUGGCAGAGACACUGUCCCUGUAAUCAGGCACCAUUAUGAAAAGCAAAAACAAUUUCUUACUAUGCUUUUUGGUACGAACAAAAUUCAUCACAGGGUUCUAUUGUUAUUUGAUGUUGAGAUAUUUGGUUUUGUCUUGUUUUGUUUUUUGUUUUGUUUCUACGUUUUUGGGUAACACCCAGCAAUGCUCAGGAAUUACUCCUGGUGAGCUCGGGGGACCGUAUGGGAUGCCAGGAAUCAAACUCGAAUCCUGGACAGCCACUUGCAGGGCAGGCGCCCUUCUCCUCUUCUCUGUGCUAUUGCUCACGCCUGGGAGAUGUUUGUUAUGUUAAUGAAGAUUGUUAAUCUGCAGCGUCAGAAUGAACUGGAAGCGUACACCCUGUGCCCUCUAAGUGGAAGGGGUAUAGUCCUACUGUACUUUUGGAAGCUGUUUUACAUUUAAUAUGUUUUACUUUUAAACUGUUUUACGUUUAAUAUGUUUUAAAAUUGAGUUAACAUUGACUCACAACGUAUGUUUUAGGAGUACAGCCUGCACCUCUUCAAAGCCCUGCCAUGCCUACCACUGAAUUACCAAUCUUGCAUUUUUUGAAAAUAAAAUUGUCAUCUCUCCCCUGAGCCUAAUGAGUAACAAAUCUCUCUGCUUUUGCUUUCACCCAAAGAUAAGCUACUGAGUAAUCAUCCCAAGACGAACAACACUCUAUAAUAAUAGAUUAUGUUAACAGAAGCACUUUUCAUCAGUAUCCUUACAGUUUUGUUAGGCCUAGUAACUUCUGUUAAAAUUCACUUUCUGUUCCUAAGUGUAUUUGAGCAUUUUUUUGUCUGUCUGCAAAUGUCCAUACUUUGGUCAGUCCACAUCUAAAGCAGUAAUAGGCUGUUAAAUAAUUUAUUUAUCACAAAAACCUAGUAACUUACAUGUUGGGGAGAUAAAAUAAUUCAUAAUGGUUGUGAUAUUUAUUCUUUAAAUACAGCUAGAUUGGGAUUUGAAAAAAAAAAGAAACUGCGGGUCAGUUUUUAAAAUCAUCCUACUGGCAAGCCUUCCUUUUAAAGCAAGACAUACUGGUAUUAGGGGGAAUAUCUAAAACUUGUUCUUAAUAAAUGAUAAUAUUUAUGUUUUAUGAGAUAGGAAAACAUUAAAAUGUGUUUGACAUUGUUGCGUAUCUGGAGUUUCCUCUGCCUUAUUUGAAUAUUUUUGAAACUUUGUAGUUUCUGUUUAUCCAUUUAUGGUUUUCUCCAUUUUUCAGAUGUAACGUAAGGGCUAAUAAUGAUAUCAGACUUUGAGUACAAAUUAAAAUUGUUUUACAAGUCUAA